UGUAGCGGUAAUAUCGAAACUAUUCCCGACCAGGUCGCAUACCGUCGCCGCUCAGGGUGGUAUCAAUGCCGCUAUCGCCGAGGAGAAAGAGGACAAUUGGCUCUACCACAUGUAUGAUACCGUGAAGGGAUCCGACUGGCUGGGUGAUCAGGAUGCUAUACAUUUACUCGCAAGGGAAGCGCCUCGAGCGGUCUUCGAGCUCGAAAAUUACGGUUGUCCCUUUAGUCGUACAGAAGAUGGUAAGAUCUAUCAACGCGCUUUCGGCGGCCAGUCGUUAAAAUUCGGCCAAGGUGGACAAGCUAGGCGAACCUGCGCCGUCGCUGAUCGAACCGGCCAUGCGGUACUUCACACCCUUUACGGGCAGAGUCUUCGCUACGAGGUGCACUAUUUCAUCGAGUAUUUCGCUCUCGAUCUGCUCAUGUACGGCCGAUGUUGCAAGGGGAUCCUUGCGUGGGAAUUGGAGACCGGUCAAUUGCAUAGAUUCAGAGCUCAUCAUACGGUGAUUGCAACGGGUGGUGCCGAAAGAUGUUACUUCUCCUGCACUGCGGCGCACACCUGUACCGGUGAUGGUAUGGCGAUCGCGUGUCGAGCAGGAUUGCCGUUGCAGGACAUGGAGUUCAUCCAGUUUCAUCCGACCGGCAUUUAUGGCAGCGGUAUACUCAUCACUGAGGGUAGCAGAGGAGAAGGUGGCAAACUCGUUAACUCUCACGGAGAAUUCUUUAUGGAGAGAUACGCGCCCGUAGCUAAGGAUUUAGCCUCCCGCGACGUUGUCUCGAGAGCUAUGACUGUUGAAAUACUGGAGGGAAGAGGCGUUGGGCCAAAGAGAGAUCAUAUUUAUUUGCAAUUAAAUCAUCUACCAGCUAAGCUGUUAAAAGAGAAGUUGCCUGGAAUUUCACACCUCGCCUGGGUGUUCGCCGGAGUGGACGUGACGAAGGAACCGAUCCCCGUAAUUCCCACGGUGCAUUAUAACAUGGGCGGGAUACCUACAAAUUGGCGUGCGCAAGUAUUAACACGAGAAAACGAGGAGGACAGACCGAUCGAAGGUCUUUGGGCGGCUGGCGAGACUGCAUGUGCGUCUGUUCACGGCGCUAAUCGACUGGGCGCUAACAGUCUCCUGGAACUUGUGGUUUUCGGCAAAGCCAUCGCCGAUCAAAUCGAUUGUAUCGCCAGACCUGGUGAACGUCACGAAGAUCUAUCGCCAGUGCAAGAUCAGUCCCUCAUUUGGAACACUGAGCUCGUCGAGGCCUUGGAGUUACAAAACAUGAUGAUCGUUUGCAUGCACACUGUCUACGCGGCCGAGAAUCGAAAGGAAUCGAGAGGCUCGCAUUUCAGAGAAGAUUUCAAGGAGAGAAUUGACGAGUAUGACUACACAAAACCGCUCGAAGGACAAAAGAGACGACCUUACGCGGAACACUGGCGUAAGCAUACGCUUACAUGGGCUCAGGAAGAUGGAUCGAUUUGCAUCUCUUAUCGGCCUGUUAUCGACACGACUCUAGAUGAGAGCGAGGCUCAACAUGUGCCGCCUGCAGUUCGCGCGUAUUGACUUGACAAAUGAUUAAUUGCAAGCAGUUGUUUAAUUGAAAUGUAACGAGAAUUACGCGAUUAUGAAUCUAAUCGGCUGUCUCGUUACCACUAAUGCCACGUUUGAAAUCAAGCACACAAAAUCUGUGAAUUAACGGAAUAGAAACCAUCACCAAAUUCAUGAAAAAUAUCUUGUCUAUAAAAAUGUAUUACUUCUCAUGAAUAAUCUAAGCACGUUCUACAUUUCUCGGCGCCUCGCAUGCGAUAAACAUUAACUGUGACUCAGUGGCAGAAUUAAUUAAUGCGUUCGACUCGUAUAUCAAUUAGAUUGCGAUGAAGAAAAAGCAAAUCGAGAUUGGCGUUAUAUUUUUAAGGUAGUUUUCAAAAAAUAUUCUUUUAAAUUCUUGUGCAUCAAAAAUUGAUAAAGAAUUAUACAAAAGUAAUGCAAGAGUGUUAUAUACAAUAAUGAUCGAUAUUUCCUUUUUUUUUGCUUUUACGCGAAAAAAGCAAGCAAAUAUGAUUCAGCGUAAUUGAGUAAUGUUAUUGCAUCUUUGAGUAUGUUAGUUUCAUAAGAGAUAAUCGUUAAUCAUAAUUUUUUUCAUUGAUAACACAAUUACGAUAUUGU